GAUGUAUGUAAUUGCGUGGUGCGCCUCGUGUCGCGAACGGAUGGCCCUGGUUUGUUUUAUCUUUUGACAUCUCAGUCCUUCCGUUCCCACUUGUAUUUUGUCUUUGUCAUUGUCAUUCUAGCUGCGGGCAGCACAACAUCGCUAGAAGGUAUAGAAUAUCUCGCACUACUCAAAGCCGGCCUACGAUAUGACGAAACAUGUGGACUUUGCUGCUAUCUUGCAAGAGCCGGUCUCUCAGCAGACCAGUCCAGAACGAACCUCCAAACGCCAGGCAUUGAAGAGCUUUGCCUCGAAACUGAAACGAAGCACAAGCAAGAGAGACUCACAGAGAAGCCGUCGCAAAAGCCAGCUCCUGGACGUCCCUUCCGUCGUGGUGGAAUCAGAGCCUGACAUCUUAACCGAAUGGGGAAGUAAGAGGUCAAGCGACUUGCCACGUCCGUCUAGGGAUUCAGUCGUCGGACAGUACUACAUCGGCAACAUCGCAAAACCAUCACACAAGUCUCCUAGAUCAAGCCCUAAGCAACUGGGUCACGAGGAUCUUAUCAAUUACUUUGCCGGAGCACCGGAAUUUGCUAUCAAAUCCCUCAGACCAAGGGUCAGCUAUCGAUGGAAGUUAGACGAGGAGAGUGGCGAACCGCAGGAUUUUGUCGAUGUUGGCCAUGGCACCUUCGAAGCUGCCACACUAAGACGUCGCGAAAGGACAAGACAACUCCGAGACCUAGUAGCGGAGGACGCCGACAAUCAAAUUCCUAUGAUGGAAGUACCAAACAUGAUGAGUCUGAACGGCAGUGAACCUGGAACUAUCGGACUGGAAUACUUCCUGCAGAUGCCUUUGUCAGACAGCAAACGCUGCGCCGAGGACGACGAAGAGACCUUGAGAACAAAGAGGCAGAUGUUGAUCACGUCACCCGAACAGCUAGAGUUGAGACGUCUCAAUCUCGAAUACAUGAUAAACAGAUUGCGCGAGAUCAGUGAUAGUCGACAUCCCAGGAACAGCGAACACUCUGAGCGAAAAUCAAAUGAACAAAAGGCUGCAGAGUUUCAUCGCGAAUUGUUCUCUAAUCUACUUACGGAGCCUGAGAGAGAGGAAGACGAUCCCCCAUUCACGGACCUGGACGGCCAGGUAGUAGCGCUUGCAAGGGUCUUGGUUACGACUAGACUCUGGUAUGACUUUAGCCUUGUCGAGCACCGGAUACGUCUAGGUCAGAUCUUGUGGCCGUCAACGGACUUCGAUGACGAGUCUGUUGUUGACGUGGAAGGACCGACCAUGCCCAGCGAACGCGAUAUCCUGCUCCUCCAAAUUACGUUGGCUUGCGAGCUACUAAUUCGUGUCGAGCUCUCUGGUUUCCCCACUUCUGGGUUUUCGAGGAAGCUGCGAUGGGACCUGGUGCUUGCGCAACGCUUUCUUGACAGCAUAAACAUUGCACCCAAGAUUCCAACAGACGCCGAAAUCCCUUACCGCAAUAGCGUGAUGUCAAUUGCUACCUUUGUUACUGCAAGAGAAAGCUUGGACGAGAGCCGCGUGGAACCGAUCCUGUAUCCGAAGCACGAGAAGAGGCAGGUGCAGGGGUUGUUGAAAUUCGCCGAAACACUCGCCUGGCCACAUACUGAAGAGAUUCAAGAACGUUUUGCCGAAAGAGUUAGAAGACACUCACGCGACGCAGGCAGAUUUAACGUAUAUGGUGCACCGCUGGGAACACCGGGUCAAUCUCCUGUUCAGAACAACUACUUCCAAAAACGGCCACAGAUCGGUCGCACCGCCACGGCGCAAUCGCUACAACUUCUACCUGCUUCAGCAUAUGGAGCUGAUAGCUUCGACCUCGGUGGCUGGUUGAGCCGAUCUUGGUUGACAGGCUUCGUACUGCCGGGCGAAUCCACUUCACAUCUGCUCAUCUCGACGCUACUGGAGAACUCACCAUCCGCAGUGGCAGCACUAGGUGAUGCUGCUAAUCUCUAUCAAGGCUUCGUCUACAAAUCACGCAGUUACUGGAGUAAGAGUUGUAUCGUAGGCAGAGUGAUCGCAGCUGCCAAUGGAGCGACCGAUUGCAUGGGCUGGGUGUCCUGCAGCAGUGCACCUGUAGAUCAACAGGAUGGAUGGGUCAACCUCGAAGUCAAAGAUCUGCCUAGUUCUACCACACCUCGAAUCGCCGAUAGCUCUGCUCUAGCAGCUGACUCUGCAUUCGUACCUGGCGAGAAGAGCACAAUCACAGACACAGAAUUCGCCUGGCCUGUCGAUGGUCUUAUCGUCCUAGGCAACGAAGCACGCUAUCAUGGAUUCAGUCUUCUACCCACAGGAACCAGCUUCGAACUCAGCGCUGCCUUGCCCUCGGAUGACAACACCAACGACAAUGCACAUCUCGCACCAAUCCCCACUGCAGUCGCCUGUCUUGACUUCAGCGCCAAGCGCAGCUCUCAACCGAAAAAAGUAACCCUGCCACUCCUCUACGAUGUCCACUUCAUCUCCGCAACACCUUGCUUCCCAAAUAUUUCCAGACCGUCCACACCUGCAACCAAUACUUCAUCUCCCAAGUCACGCUCGCGCACACAUUCUCGUGUUCCAUCCUUCAAAGAGCUGCCACAACCACCUACGCAUCCUUUGCAUUGCUCGUAUGCUAUCGAAGUCAUCCCUGCUGCAACCAUCCUGGCAGAUGACUUUACGGAUACAGUACAUUUGGGUGACGAGACUGUAGUGUUAGAUUGCAGGGGUACAGGCGAGCUGCAACUACUAGCUAGGGCUUGGUGUGCUAAGGUUGGCGAGAACGCUGUCGUGGGUAGAGUUGGUAAGACUUGCUUGGGUUGUUGCGUCAGAGAAGCGAGUGGGUUGGGUGUCAAAGUCGUCAUCAGAGUAUGAGAUGGAGGUUCUCUUUUGUUGUUCGCUUCUUACCGCUUUUUAUGUUGUUGAUACCCCUUUAUUUCUCGAACGUUCAAUUGAUAUACAAUGCAAGGACCUGAUAUGCCAAUCGCAGAUCUUCUUGAUGAGAUUCUAUCUGGAAGGUGAGAUGGAGAGGAUACAAACCAGCACAGGAUGG